AUGACGCUCAACUCGGACUUCAGCUCGAACAGGCAUGCGGCCGACCUGCAAGAGUACGAGGUGCCCGUUCGCCACCCGGAGCUGUCGUUCGAGGAUGCGAACGUUGCCAUCGUCGCGGGCCGCCAGUACUUCCUCGUCCAUCAGGGAGUGCUCUGCCGCCAUUCCCCGGCCCUCAGGAAGCAACUCGGGUGUAAAGGCUCUUUUGGUGGCAAGAUGAUCGAGGGCUGUCCUGUCCUCACACUGCAAGAUGCUCCGGAAGACGUGGGCUAUUUUCUGCAGGCACUCUAUGGAUUCUUCCCCAAGCUCGAGGGCAAAGACUUCUCCAUCACGUCGGCGUUGCUUCGUAUAUCAACAAAGUACGCAGUAGCAGAACUCCGGAAGGAAGUCAUCCGCGUCUUGACAUUAUCGUGGCCUACGACUUUGGCUCUGUGGGAAGCUCGCGAGAAAAAGGCGACCAACCUGAACGGAAUCUAUGCGCGUCGACCGGCAAUGCCUCAUCCAAUUUCAAUCGUCACGUUGGCCCGUGAAACCAACGUUCCAGAGCUCUUACCUUCGGCAUUCUACGACCUCUCGCGCUACAUGCCAAGCCAGAUUACAUUCGGUUGCAUCGGCAUCGUGGACGAUCUGCAUCACCAGCUGGACAUGGACGACCUACUUCGCGUGCUCAGAGGCAAGGAGCAAGCGGCGCGCUUCUUCUCAACGUUUAUCGUCAACGAACUCGAAGGAAGGGAUCCGUCGGACGACUGCCUCCGCAGGCGCGAAACCUGUCAGUCUACGCAGCGUGCAUGUCAAGUCGCCUUCGAGGCCGUCAAUUUUGAGCUCAUCCGCGACAUCAACGGCGUGGUGUGCAACCGCAACUCGGACCCACUGUUUGCGAUGCUGGAGACCGUCCUCAUGCAGACGAGAGGGGACCUCCCGGGCAUAGAGAACAAGGCUGUGUACAGGGCGUGCGAGGUGUGUAGGCUGGAGUACGGUGCUAUGGUCAGUGCGCUACGCGAGGAAUUCUGGAGGCGACUUCCAGAUUGGUUCGAGUUGGAGGUCCAAAACUGGGCAGUCGCGGAAGACAGCAGGUUUGGCACUUUGCUGCAUCUCUCCAACAUCGACAGGCUGUGCACAAUGGAUAUGAUAGAUGACCUUGCCAGUGAUCCUGUCGAUGCAAUUGCUCCGACUCUUUCUGACGACGGCGAUAGCGACGAACCAGACAUUCUAUGGAAAUUUGAUCUAGAAGAAUCUUAUUCCGAUGGUAUGCUUGCCGUCCUUUCGGAUAACGAAGAACUCGACAAUGCACAUCAGCAAGACAUGGAUAAUUGCGAGCUCGAAGACGAAGAGCUCAAUGCUGUUGAUCGUAUUGAAAACCUGAUCCUGUCUCUCAUGUCUCAAUUGUCGGAUUGUAUCUCGCAAUCCCCCGAUUCCGUUGAGAAGAAGAAAGAGAAGAAGGUCGUCUUGAAACUUGCUGAUCGCAGGAAAUCUUCGACGAACGGCUUCUAUGCUACGCGCACGAUGAAAUAUCCUCAGAGACGUCAAGGAGGCAGUAUCAAGCCUUUUGCGCAACUAUUGAGAGUCGCUGACCUCAUGCAUGAGGCUCUCCACGAAGACGUGCCUACAACGAAGCGUGAUAUGUACUAUAAAGAUGUUCAAUUGUUCAAAUCUCAGUCGGUUGUAGAUCGGGUAGUGGACGAUCUUGCAGCAACCUUCGAAUUAGGUCGGGCUGAUUUGCACGUCCGCGCCUCCUCGAAAGGACUAGUCUCCGGAUAUGGCCUGGUGAUGCAUCUCCAAGAUGGAAACUGUAUAGAAGUGCACACUGCCGAGGUAUGCCAUACGUGGCUCACAAUAUUACAACUGAAUUGA